UUUGUAAUCCCCUCACAGGAAGCUCCACUCCGGAUCUGGUGGUCGUUUAAAGAUGGCGGAGUGCUUGGCCACACGUUUGGCCGUUCAGGAGGAACAAAUUGGGUUUCUUUCUGGAGAAAUCGCGGCUCUCAGCGAUGGACUGGCUCGGGGUCAGGACCACAUCGAGGUCCUGGUCCCUUCUCCGGAGCUGGAAACCCUGCGGAGCGAGAACGAGAAGCUCAGGUACCGACUUCUGCACCUCCGCCGAGGUCUGCAGGCGGAGCUGGAGCUGGAGAAGGAGCAGGUCCGGGAGCAGCAAGGAGCAAAGAGCGGCGGUGCUGCGGAGAAAAACGCUCAGAAAACACAGCAGAGGAAUGACCAAGACCGAGCUGAUAAGAAGAUGGAAGCCAGUGAGUCCAGACCAGCUGACAGCCACACAAAGGAAAAGAAAAAGGAAAAAGACAGAAACCUGAAAGAGCAGAUCCCCUGGCCUGGAUAUAUAGAAGAACGCCUAAGCCUGUACAAGGAAUUAAAGAAGGAAAGCGAUUCUCUUCUGGCCCAACGGGCUGCUGAUGGGAAGCCCAUUACUGUGGAGCUUCCAGGUGGAUGUAAGGUGGAAGGCAAGGCCUGGGUCACCACGCCGUAUCAGCUGGCCUGUGGCAUCAGCCAGGGCCUGGCUGACAAUGCUGUGAUUUCUCGGGUGAACGGAGAGCUUUGGGACCUGGACAGACCGCUCGAACAGGAUUGCUGUGUGGAGAUUUUGCGGUUCGACAGUGAGGAUGCUCAGGCUGUCUACUGGCACUCCAGCGCUCACAUCCUUGGAGAGGCCAUGGAGCGUUUUUAUGGAGGUUGUCUGUGUUACGGGCCCCCGAUAGAGAAUGGAUUCUACUAUGAUAUGUUUCUGGAGGGGCAGAAGGGAGUUUCCAGCACUGAGUUUGGAGACCUGGAGGCUUUGUGUAAGUCUGUGGUGAAGGAAAAACAGCCUUUUGAGAGGCUUGAGGUCAGCAAGGAUACCCUGCUGAAGAUGUUUAAGUACAACAAAUUCAAGUGUCGCAUCCUGAAUGAGAAAGUCAAUACCCCAACUACUACAGUUUAUAGAUGUGGGCCGUUGAUUGACCUGUGGAGGGGUCCCCAUGUCAGACAUACGGGCAAAAUCAAGGCCAUGAAGAUCUAUAAGAAUUCUUCAACCUACUGGGAAGGCCGCUCUGACAUGGAGACUCUACAGAGGAUAUACGGUAUUUCUUUUCCAGACACAAAGAUGCUAAAAGAAUGGGAACACUUCCAGGAGGAAGCCAAAAAUAGAGACCAUCGGAAGAUUGGCAAGGAUCAGGAAUUGUUCUUCUUCCAUGACCUCAGCCCAGGCAGUUGUUUCUUCAUGCCACGUGGAGCCUACAUUUACAACACGCUCAUUGAGUUCAUCAGGGAGGAGUACUGGAGAAGAGGCUUUCAAGAAGUGGCCUCCCCCAACAUCUACAACAGCAAACUGUGGGAGACCUCUGGUCUGCAACACUACAGUGAGCACAUGUUCUCCUUUCCUGUGGAAGAUGGCAUCUUUGCACUCAAGCCAAUGAACUGCCCAGGACAUUGUCUGAUGUUUAGCCAUAGGCCUCGCUCUUGGAGGGAGCUUCCACUGAGGCUGGCAGAUUUUGGGGUCCUCCAUAGGAACGAACUGUCAGGAACACUGACUGGAUUGACCAGAGUGCGCCGUUUCCAGCAGGAUGAUGCCCAUAUUUUCUGCACAAUGGAUCAGAUCGAGGCAGAGAUGAAGGGCUGUCUUGACUUCCUCCGCUGUGUUUACGAUGUCUUCAGCUUCUCAUUUCAGCUUCACCUCUCCACCCGUCCUGAGAAGUAUCUGGGCGACAUUGGAUUGUGGAACCAGGCUGAGAAGCAACUGGAAAACAGCCUGAAUGAGUUUGGGGAGCCGUGGAAACUCAACUCUGGUGAUGGGGCUUUUUAUGGACCCAAGGUGUAUGAUAUUAAGAUCAAGGAUGCAAUUGGACGUUACCACCAGUGUGCAACCAUUCAGCUGGACUUCCAGCUGCCGCUCCGCUUCAAUAUGACCUUUGUGUCGAAGGAUGGUGAUGACAAAGCAAGACCGGUAAUCAUUCAUCGUGCCAUCUUGGGCUCAGUGGAGAGGAUGAUCGCCAUUCUUACUGAGAACUAUGCAGGGAAAUGGCCUCUGUGGCUUUCUCCACGUCAGGUGAUGUUGGUGCCUGUUAACCCUGCUUGUGAGGAAUAUGCUAAGAACGUUUGUAAGCAAUUUGAAGAAGCUGGUUUUAUGGCAGAUGCUGACCUGGACUCCAGCUGUCUUCUCAACAAGAAAAUACGCAAUGCUCAACUGGCUCAGUACAACUUUAUUCUUGUUGUUGGAGAGAAGGAGAAGAUGACUGACUGUGUCAAUGUGCGUACAAGGGACAACAAAGUCCACGGAGAACUGUCAGUGGCCGAGGUGCUGGCUCGCCUGACCCUGCUGAAACAGUCCCGCUGUCGAAACGCAGAGGAAGAAUUUUAAUUGGAGAAAAUGAGCAGCAAAUCUCAUUUCAGCACAUCAGAGCCGCAGACGGAUCAGGGACGGUACACACGAAGACGGGAAUGAGAAUGUGAAUUACGUUGACCUGCAAAUAAAACGAAGAAAUGAGGUUUAAAACCUACUAGAAAGCAGACAGAGUUGCCCUCAUGUCAUCUUCAGGGAUGUAAGUAAAAGUGCAUCAAAAGUGAAAGUGGUUGAAGAAUUUACCUGAAGGGAAUUGACUUUGAUAAGAUUUGAUGCAAGUCUGUCAUACUGAAUGUUAUGUGACUGUGGCUCUGAAUUCUUUACUUAAAGUUUGUCUCCAUGGGGAAUAAAAUUGUUCCAGGAG